AUGAUCACCAGGUCUUCAUCACAUGGUUCCAUAGUUUGGACUUUAUCUGCAAAUGAUCAAAAAAAAUUUAAUGCCUUAUUACUUAGACUUACAGUUUCUUGUGUAUGGGCAUUAUCAUGCGUUAAUAAACCGGAAGCUAAAGAAUUUUUCAAUUUUUUGAAUCCUUCUUUCAAAUUACCAGAUUGUCAUGUUCUUGGUGGAACAGUCUUAUUGACUUCUGAAGGUAAACUUUACAUAUGGAAAGCAUAUAAUGUAAGUUCAGAACGUGAAACUUAUAUUGAAGUAAUGAACAAAUCAAAAAUGAUGCUUACAGAACUAAAAAAUAAGGAGGUUAAUGUCUCUGCAGAAUCUGAAGAUGGUGCUGUAACAAGGUUAACAUAUGAAUGUACAAAACCAGUUUCAAAUGUAAAUGUGGAAAUUGUAGGCAGUUCGAUCAUUAUGCAAGCACGUGUACAGAUUGAAUAG